UGUGUGAAGACAUAACAGUUUGGGAAAACCAAAAACCUUGUUCACCAGCUUUUUGUCGUCCAAUGCAGUUUCAAUUUGUAAAAGAAAGUGAGGCUGUGAUGAAGGCCGAAGUAACGGAAAUGGAAAAGCAAAUUUCAGAUCUUCGACCAACCGAAUAUGAAACUAACAAAGUAACCCAUGACCUUAUGAUGACAAUGGUUGAUGUCAAGAUUUGCACUUAUCUUUCAGAGGCUAAGUCCAAUGCUGCAUGCUACAUUUGUUUAGCGAAACCGACCGAGAUGAACAACUUGGAACUUGUAGAAAAAAGAGUGACAUCACCGGAAAUGUUGAAGUUUGGACUAUCUACGCUGCAUGCACGUAUAAAUGUGAUGGGAUGCCUUUUAAAUAUAUCAUACAGACUUCAUAUCAAAAAAUCGUCUGUAAGAGGAAAAAGAAGAACAAAAUAUUCAGUGAAAACUGCCGAUAUAACAGGACUCGAUGCGAAACUGAUUCACAGGUUUGCUGUUAUUUUGCAAGCGAUAACUUCCGGUGAGGAUGUGGAUACCGUAAAAUUCAAAGAUUACGCAUACAAAACUGCUAAAAGGUACGUAUCCAUGUAUAAUUGGUACUACAUGACUGCAACCGUGCACAAAUUGCUACUUCAUGGAGCUGACAUCAUUACUUGUAAUGCGAUCGUACCACACAACCUCUCUGAAGAGGCUUCGGAAACCUGCAACAAGGAUUUCCGAAGAUUCAGGGAACACAACUCCCGUAAGAAAAGUAGAGUGAGUUCCAAUGAUGACAUUUUAAACUUUCUUCUUCUUUCUUCGGAUCCACUUAUUUCAUCAAUAAGACCCACUUUUGACGCGAAGAAAAAUAAAACUUUCUUUAGAGAAACCCUUGAUUUACUAAAGCUUCAACAAUCUGAGUUUGAAUUCACAGACAUUUCGCAUUUAGACUCUGACUUUGAAAUGGACUGUAACUCUGAUUCGGACUCUGAAUGA